UAUUCCCUGUGUUUUGGAGUACCUUUGUUGGACUUUGCCUCGAGCUCCUUGUAAGCCUGCUUAAUUUAGUUUUUUGAAUUAAUAAACUUUUUUGAACUCCAGCCUCCUCACCUUGCCAUUGUCUGCAUUUGGGUCCUCGCCCCAAUCCAUGACACAGGUUACGGAAACAUCAUGAGUGUUGAAACUACUGGUGCUUCGGCACAAACAGCUCAGCAGGACAAGCUGGGAUACUCAGGUCAGAGGGCAUCACAAACCAUGGCAAAGACUGACGCGGGCAGAAUGGAAAAGUACAAGUCCAAAAUAAACUAUGCGGGAGCUAAAUAUGGAAUUGAACCAGCUCUCAUUGCUGCCAUCAUCUCCAGGGAGUCCAGGGCCGGAAAUGUACUACACAAUGGCUGGGGAGACUAUGACGAAAAGAGAGGAGCGUAUAACGCCUGGGGACUGAUGCAGGUUGAUGUGAAUCCAAACGGAGGUGGACACACUGCACUGGGUGCAUGGGACAGUGAGGAACACCUCUGCCAAGGCACUGAUAUCUUGGUGUUUUUCAUCAAUAGGAUCCGCAACAAAUUUCCUGGCUGGAGCCCGGAGCAGCAGCUGAAGGGAGGAAUAGCAGCCUACAAUAUGGGGGACAGAAACGUCCAUUCCUAUGAAAACGUGGAUUCCCACACAACGGGUAAAGACUACUCCAAUGAUGUUGUUGCCAGAGCUCAGUGGUACAAAAUCAAUGGCUUUUAACAGCUCAAAAUGACCACAUAAAAAAAAAUAUUCAAGGACACACUCUGUGUCAAAACUUAAGAUAAAUAAACGUCACGCAAAAACACUAAUGGAUAUCUCAGUUUCAUUGUAUUUAGUGUGAACUCUUGCUGUGAUGACUUGAAGUAAUAUUCACUCUAGCCUUGUGUACUGCUGUUGAGGCAUCUCCUGGAUAUAGAUCAUUUACUUCAUACUGAUUCUGUACUCUAUUAAUUCAAAGUGAGAUGUAAUAAAAUCGUGAGGUGUCACCA